GGUAUAUUAUGUUAGGUCAACUACUAACCUCUCAGUCUCUGUAAAACACUUACAGUAUCUUUCAUUUAAGAUGAAAUUCAUGUUGAAUGUUUUGUCAUGGAAUUGGAGUAUCCAUAAUCUACACAAUCAAGUGUCCACACAAGGACAAAGAGUUAAAGGUUUAAAACUGGGUUCGACUUCUUUAAUGCAGUGAGGUUGCAUAUUGCUCAAACUGGAAAUCCGAAACCUAUGUGAGCAGUCAUGCCCUCACUACCUUGUUGAUAUGAAUAAUUCACCUUUAAGAGAGCUUGUGUAGACAGAAAAUGUCCUUAAAACACAAGUUUUGAAUGAAAUAAGCUUAUUCCCAAGCCACAGGGUUGUUCUUGAGUUUGACAUGAGACGUUGACUGUCAAACCAUCAGCGGUCAAUUCUGAUGCCAUGUGGGUUUGGGGCAUCAGGCGUACAAGUGAUGCCUUUUAAAGGAACAGUGUAUUUUCUUUAGAAAUGCUAUGCAUGAUCAAGAGCGUUCAUGCUGUGGCAGAACUGACAUCUGUAGCCAAGAUCUUAAUUGCUAUGUCACAAGUUGUGGUGAUCCUUAAAAAAUAUUACCCUACACCUGCUUGUAUUCCCCGCUUUUAAGAGUAGUGACCCAUGCAGGAAAAAAAUACAGUUCUUGUAUGUCUACUGCUUUGCAUAUAUAAAUAUUUAUUUUCAUGUGGGGCUCAUCUGUGAAGGUCUAUACGAUUUAGGGUAUUUAAAACAAAUGUAUAAUAAAAUCCAAUUUUAGGGUAAAUUAGAUCUCAAAGGAAAUACAAUUAUUUAGUAGUGUGUAAAAGAUCAUCCCAUAGGGUGUGCUUCUACAUAGACUGUCUUGCAUUAUAAAACAAGAAUGAAUCAAAAAUAUAUUUGGCUUGUGGUCCAUGUCUAAACACAUAUGCCAUCUGAAUAGUGUAAAGUUGCCUGUUUGUAUGUAAUGGACUGACACCGUCCGUCCUUUGAAUUACCUGGUACGAUUCAACCUAACAGAUUUUACAAUGUGCAACUUCUGCAUCCAUGGAAAUGAGUAACCAGAAGAUUUCUGGAUUCUGGUUAAUCUGCUGAUACCUGUUCUGGUGUUUGAAACGGAGAGAGUGAUAAAGAACACAAACGUAGUCUGUUUUUAAUAAUUUGAUUGUUUAUUUUUGUAGGUCACCACCUUUGACAAUACAGUGGCCCCGAGGCACUUAAUCCGAGUGUCGCCAUACAUUAUUAGCGCAUAGAACCUGAAGCGCACGCAUGCGCACGGGUUUCCGGACAUGUGAAGCAUUGACAGUAAUAUCGUAAGGUGUUAACCAUCAUCAAGUUAGAGGACUACACCUACUUUUACCUUAAAUGGGUUUUGAUGAAACUGUUUUAAAUCAUAUUUCUAGCUUGAAGAAUAGAGCUACAAUGAGUUAAUUGUAAAUCCAUUCUAACGUCCAUUAUAACAAAAAAAAAGUUACAAUUACUUAAACGAAGUCUUACCGACUAAUUUGCACUUUAAAUAUCGCCAGAUAUAACGCAAACAUGAUCGUUAUUCGGCUGACUGAGUUUCAUUUUAUUACCCCGCUUUUACAUGCCUUUAUGAAACGUUGGCAUAAUGCACACAUUACUAGUCCGAAUGACUACUUAGGACUGAUAAUCUCAUCGAUGCCGAAUACUCUCGGCGUUAAUGCUAUUGAAUGUUAAAUAUAUGUGAGAAACGUCUCGGGAUGCGUGCGCCUCGUCGCAGAUGCGCCUGUUCGGUCCCGCUUUCCUAAGGCAUAAAGCCUUUAGUCCGCAAACGCUCACAGAGGCAACUUCCGCUUUGUUGUCGCUCCCACUCCCUCGCUGGCUUCCCAGCGUAUCACAUCCAGAUGGCCAGACGGCGUUCACCGUCCACCAUAAAUCUCUACUGCUAGUUGCCUUUUUGCGUGUUUGUGGCCAGACCCCCUAUCCUCCCCAAUCCCGGCAAUGGCCACGGAAGCAAUCGGCAGCUUUUACCUUAUGAAGUGCGGCACCGUGCUGUCCAUUAUCGCGGUCCUGCUGGCGUACUGGUACCGAGCGCCCGGGCAGGACGUGCAUUUGGACGGAAGGCUGGACGCCGUGUUGUCCUCGCUGCUUCGGGCGGAGCGGAAGGUGGGCAUCGGCAGUUUCGCCAGACCCCGGGUGGCCGUAGGUUUCGGGGGCUGCGUGGACAUCGUCGUGGAUGGCGUCUCGCUGCUGGACAAGGCCGGGGUGCUGCCCAGUGACCGGCCGCUGCACCACGACUUCAUCGAGGACAGCGAGCAGCUGGCCCAGAGCUUUGCGUACUUCUUCCCCCCUGGGGCAGCGAGCGAGAGGUUUGUAGUGAACAGCACCCUCUUCGGCAAGCUGGUGGAGGCUUCCCGGGGGGUGCCCGGCAACCGCUGGUCAGUGGGCGGCAACGCCCUGGUCAUGGCCGGCCGCAUGGCGACGGAGGGCUGCGACGUGCUCCUAGGGGUGAGCGCUAACCCCGACCUCGCCAAUGUCCUAUCAGGGCACGUCACCGUGGCAGGGAACAGAGUAGAGGAGCCUGACAUCCACCUCGUCUUGGAGUAUCCCUCCGGCGCCAAGUGGGGCCGGUAUACGUCCAGGCGGGCAAACAGAUACAUCAUCCAUAGUGACAAGCACAACCCGUACCUGGCGUCAAUGGGGGACUUCGAGCAGAAGAUUCGGGGUUUCCAGCCAGACCUGCUGAUUAUUGGCGGCCUGCAGAUGAUGGACAGCUUUCCCUUUAAGAAAGGUGAGCGAGAGGCCCUUCUCAGACGCCUGUCCCAGCUGCUGUCCUCCACAUCCCAGGACACGGGCGUGCAUUUCGAAAUGGCCAGCUUCGUGGACGGACUCCUGCUGGUAGAGCUGAUGGAGCGGGUGGUCGCACACGCCGACUCCCUGGGCAUGAACGAGCAAGAGCUACCCAACCUCUUGAGCCACCUGCGGGACGGCAAUGUCACCGUGCUGUCGGACCCCAGCCCCCGCGUGGCCACCGUCCUGGACCAGAUGCGCGAGUUAUACCGGCUGGUUAACGAGCGACGUGGGAAGAGUCCCAGCAGCCGGUCGCUGACCCGGCUGCAUGUGCACACGCUGGCCUUCCAGGCCAUCAUCGUGGCUCAUGGCUCCCAGUGGAAGAACACCAUGUCAGCCACGGCCAAGGCCUCGCUCACCGCUAACCGGCACGUGUGCGGCUCGCCGGACAUCAACCCCAGCAAGGCCAAGCUCAUCCUGGACGAGUCCUUCUCCGUCAGCCGGAGGGAGGGCAGCCAGCGCAUCAUGCUCCAGGAGACGCGGCCCGUGUCCUGCUGGGAUGAGGACGACUACGAGCUGUGCGUGGCCCCCGUUCUGGUGUGCACGGAGGUCCAUCAGACCGCUGGGGGGGGGGACAACAUCUCAGCUGCCGGCCUGGUGCUACAGAUCUGACAUGCUGGAGCGUUUGUGGGUCAGAGAUCCACUCAGGAGGUCUCAAGGCAGAACUUCGAACCUCAACACAGCAAAGAACAAAGAAUCUUCCCAUCUGAUGUGAAUGCAUUAUUUUCUUGUGAAUUUUUAGUCUGUGCAAUAUAUGAAAUUUGAUGAGUCAUGAGUACUCACCAGUUCAUUUUAAUUUGUUUCUCAUAAUUAGUCAGUUUUCUCCAUUAUCAGGUCUGACUUGAUACUUUUCCAGUUUCUUUUCAGUAACCUUGACUUUUUUCCCUCAAUCUGUGACAUACAUUGACUCACAGGUUCAUCUAAAUCAGCAUUUGCCAGAUGUGCAGCAACAGUGUUUUCUAUGGGAAGAAAACUGGAAAGGAUCUUUCUAUCAUCAGCUUAUUGCAUUACUAUUUUUGGCAUUUCUUUUGAUGUUACUUUUUCUUUAGUUGCUGUUUUUUAGAUGCAGCUGUACAGUUGAAAUCAUGUCAAAUCAGGUCAAAGAUCAUUUGUUGUCUGUUGGCAGCAUCUAGUGCAUUGACUAAAAUUUCAACAUAGAGCUGUAAGUUUCUCUAAAGAAGCAUUUAAGGAUAUUUAUGUGUAUUAGGAGUAACAGCAGCACAAAAGUCAUGUGGAUUAAAACUUGACUUCCUGGAUUUUAGAGCUUCUGAUCUUGAAAUGGAUACAUUUCAUAUUUUUUGAAAUCAUGUUGAAUGUGUCACUGCAGCUUGAGUCAUGAGUUUGAAAUUACGUUGUAGCUAUUCCAUCCAGGAACCUUCAUAGUAGGGCAUAGAGUUUUGCCUUACUGGCAUUAUUCACAGUACGACACAAUAUGGAGUCAAGGUGACCUCAUAGCACAGUGACCUCAUAGAGAAACCAAUGAUUCCAGCAAAUGGAAACGGAUACAAGAGUGACAGUGUUUGUGGAAUAGUGGCUCAUGGCAGAUGAGUGUAGUCGUAUUGCUAACGGAGAAUCCUCAUCUUUUAAUCUCCAUGGGUUUCCCACCUCUGGCACACGUGUGGCUGAUGUGUCCCUCAGGGAUUAAUCGCUUUUCCUUGGUCUGGCAGAGUAGAGCCCAGAAAUCACAAAGGUUCCUGUCCUGAGAACAGGCCAGUGCCACAGCUGCACCUCCAUCUCCUAAAAUUAACAUCUUGAUGGAUAAUAAUGAUGAAUGAUGCACCUAAUUAGCUGUUUACAUAUCGUCAGUCUUUGAAGGUGCUGCUUCAAUUAUGGAAACUGACAGCACAAUACUCUGAAGGUCAACUGAACGUUCAAAUAAUGCCUUGUGCCUGAAGUAAUAAAGAGAUACACAUUCCACUUC